AUGGCCAUGGAUAGUGAUUUCCUGGCGGCUCCAAAGAGAGUGCCGUCUCUUGGAAUCCCACCAUCAAACAAUGCUGUGACAGUCCGCAUCAUCGACAGUACCUCUCAACUGCGCGCUCACGCGCCCAUGAUCCUCGAACCGGCCAUUCCUGGCCAUGACUUACUUCAGUGCCCGGCAUAUUCGUUCCUGAUUGAGCAUCCUUCGGGACGUAAGAUACUGUAUGAUCUUGGCACGAGAAAGGAUUGGGAGAAUCUCCCCCCACUCGUACAGGGCCUCCUCAAGCACCACGACCUUGCCAUAGAGGUGGAGAAGAACGUCGCCGAGAUCCUUCAGGAGAAUGGCAUCGCGGUCACGGAUGGGGAGAUUGAAGCCCUCAUCUGGAGCCACUGGCACUAUGACCACAUUGGGGAUCCCAGCACCUUCCCCGGCAGCACGGCAUUGGUGGUCGGGCCUGGCUUCAAAGCAGCCUUUCUGCCGGGCUACCCCGAAAACAAGGACUCGGCGAUCCGACAAUCAGACUACGAAGGGCGGGAAUUGAGAGAACUAGAAUUUGACGCUUCCCAGGCGCGCAUCGGAGGACUGCAGUUCCACGACUAUUUCGGGGAUGGAAGUUUCUACAUUCUGAACGCCCCUGGACACGCGGUGGGCCACUUGUGCGCUUUGGCGCGUGUCACUGCGACAGGCUCGCAGAACUCGGACGACGACACAUUCAUCUUCAUGGGUGGAGACUCAUGCCAUCACGGCGGCGAGUUUCGCCCCACGGAGUAUCUGCCGCUGCCGAAACAAUUCGACCCGUCCCCCUUUCCCGUAAGCUCUCUGACUGUCUGUCCCGGUUCGUGGCUCCAGGCGGUGCAUUACGAGAGGAGGGCGGAUAAACCCUUCUACACUGUCAAGAAGGGGUUUUCUCACAACGACGAAGACUGUCAAAGCACCAUCUCUCGAGUGACCGAGUUUGACGGCGUCGACAAUGUCCUGGUCGUCAUCGCCCACGACCCAGCUCUUCUCCAGAACGGGUUUCCCAUGUUCCCUGCCUCAGCAAAUAAUUGGAAAGAUGGUAAUUUUGGAGACAGGCUUCGCUGGUGCUUCCUCCAGGAUUUCCAACUGGCGGUCGAGAGUGCGAAUAAGUGA